GUUCAUUAGUCUCCAGUAGUAAAUCCGCCUACUGAACUAAAAGAUGUUAACAAUAUCACUACUCCUAAUAUUCGGUAAUGUAGCGUUUGGGUGUCAUCGAGUACCCAGCGUAUAUCACUCACGUGUCUCCAAACUAUCUGGAGACAAUGGUUAUCAUAUAAAAUUGCAAGAUGAUAUAAAUAAGUAUGUCCCGGGCGAAGUCUACACAGGGUAUCUGCUGGGAUCGCGAACUUUCAACAAAGUCCAACAUUUCCGACGGUUUACUCUGAAUAUUGAGUCUAAAAACGACCCGGGAAACAUUGCCCCUCAAAAAGUGGGCACAUUCCAAUUGUUCGGCGAUAACUUAUCCAAAUUCAAUGAGGACUGCGUAAACACCUUGUCCGAAACGAGCAAUUUGCCAAAGACAGAGAUCUCGUUUAUAUGGACAGCACCACCUGCAGGUUCCGGAUGUGUUACCUUUAGGGCUAUGGUUUUGGAGGAUGCCGAACGAUGGUUUGCCGAGGACGGCGCUCUAAGUAGGACGGUUUGUGAGCAAACAGAAAGCGAUAAGAAAUUCGACCCGGAUGAUUGCUGCGCUUGCGACGAGGCCAAGUAUAGCUUGAUCUUCGAAGGUAUUUGGUCGGAUAAGACGCAUCCCAAAGAUUUCCCGUUUUCGCUGUGGUUGACUCACUUUUCCGACGUAAUCGGGGCGUCACACGAGAAAAACUUCAGCUUCUGGGGUGAAGGUCAUAUCGCAACUGAAGGUUUCCGUAGCUUGGCCGAAUGGGGUUCGGUGCGACUUAUGGAAAGUGAGUUAAGAACUCAAAGCAAGUAUCUACGGACCAUUAUCAAAGCUGCGGGAUUGUGGUACCCAAAAGUCAACACCAACACUUCCACCAAUUUCCGCGUAGAUCGCAAGCAUCACUUGGUGUCCCUUGCCUCCAUGUUUGGUCCUUCGCCCGACUGGGUUGUGGGAGUAAAUGGUUUGAACUUGUGCUUGAAAGAUUGUACUUGGGUGGAUAAGCUGACGGUGGAUUUAUACCCUUGGGAUGCGGGAACCGAUAAUGGCAUAACGUACAUGUCUCCUAACGCAGAAACAAUUCCACGGGAAAAGAUGUACCGAAUCACAACCAUGUAUCCAGAAGAUCCAAGGGCUCCAUUCUACGACCCUGGACGAAAGGAGAUGCACCCUAUGGCAAAGUUUUAUUUUAUAAGGGAGAAAGUUAUACCGAAAAGCUGCGAUGAAAGCUUUUUAGCUACCCAGCUUGACGUCAGUGAAAAUACGGAAGACACUAGCAGACCGGAGUGCGGAGUCACAGAGUACAGUGCAUGGAGUGACUGUUCAGUAUCGUGUGGAAAAGGUUUACGAAUGCGAACGAGGGAGUACUUAAUGCCUCAAAAGGCGGCUAUGUUCCAAUGCAACAGACAGUUGGUAUCGAAGGAAAUGUGCGUUGCGGAUAUACCAGAAUGCGAAGGGGGAGAAUCUGACAAUUCCGAAGAAAAAAUUGAAGCUAAUGACGGAGUUUGUGGCACAUCACAAUGGAGUCCUUGGUCUGAAUGCUCCAACUCCUGUGGAAUAGGAUUCAUCACGAGAACCCGACAUUUCCUCGAGAAAAAGGCGAGGAAAAAGUGCACCCACGUAACCACAUUUGAACGAGAAAAGUGCAUGGGACCCCCGUGUCCGGAGGAUGAUGCAGAAACGGCCGACCCAAUGUGCCCUGUAACGGACUGGAGUGACUGGAGUCUGUGUAGUGCAACUUGCGGAAAAGGAGUCAAGCUGCGAACGAGAUUAUUGCUAGUCGACUCGGGUCUACAAGAAAAAUGUAGCUCGCGCGUUGAGUUAGUGCAGCAGAAGCCUUGCAUGGACGUGCCAGAAUGCUUGUUCGAUAUGGCCACAGCAAAACAGGUUUGCAUGCAGCAAAGUGAGCAAGGUGACUGUAACAGGCGGUAUAACCGAUGGUAUUUCGAACCAAAUAAAAUGAUGUGCGUUCCGUUCGUUUAUAGUGGAUGUGGUGGAAAUCGAAAUAAUUUCUUAACUGUGCAAGAAUGUAAUGAAGCGUGCAGAUUCAUAAGAGAUUCGGCGAGCGGAAAUUUUGACAACUUCCCACUUCAAAGUUCACCAUCGGGCUUUUUAAGAAACAGUGGACCACCGGUAGAUUGUAUGGUAACAGAAUGGUCGGAAUGGUCACCUUGCAGUGCAAGUUGCGGCACGGGUUACACGCAAAAACAAAGGAUGAUUAAGAGACCGGCAGAGAAUGGGGGCAAACCGUGUCCCAACAAAUUGGAAAAAAAGAAACGAUGUUACUUGAAUCACUGCAAAUAAUUGUAUGUGCAUUCAUAACUGAAGUUUUCUUAACGUGUCUAUAAAACACUUAUCUUACUUAUACAAAUUAUGUAACCUUUGUAAUAAUUUGCAUUUAAUUUUAUAUUUAAAAUAAACAUUUUUAAAUUCCG